CCUCUUAUUCUUCAUCAUCAUCCUCUUCUUCUUCUUCAUCAUCACCCUCUUCUUCAUCAUCAUCACCCUCUUCUUCUUCAUCAUCAUCAUCCUCAUCAUCAUCCUCUUCUUCAUCCUCUUCUUCUUCUUCCUCUUCUUUUUCUUCUUUUUGUCUUCCUCUUGCAGGUCACUGCUCAUGUGCAGAUUUUUUUAUCGGUAAAAAAAUCGGCCGAUUUGCCCAUCAUUGCCGCGAAAAUCGGCCGAUCGGCAAAAUCGGCCGAUUUUUUUUCCAACUUUACCGAUAAAAAAAAUCUGCCAAAAUACCGAAAAACGGCCGAACAAAUAGCCCACUAA